AUGUUGAGGCAUAGGGUUAAUUCAAGGCUUCUCAAAGCCACACUUUUGCAACUGCAGAGGUCGUUUUCUCAGUCCAGAGUACACUUUGAUGCAGUUGUUGUGUCAGGAACAAAAUUAGCAGCCAAGAUACGUAAUGAUAUUGCUGAAAAGGUGCUUGCUUACAAUAAAGAGCAUUUCGGAGUUCAUGACACAGCAUUUGAUAAAUUGAAAUUCAAGCCAAGUUUAACGAUUGUUCAAGUUGGAUCGAGGCCAGAUUCUUCUGCAUACGUCAAAUCUAAAUUGAAAGCUGCUGAGAAAUCCAAUAUCAGCUCAAACUUGAUCAAACUUGAUGAGAAUAUCAGUCAGGAUGAUUUGGUCGAUGAGAUUGAACGUUUGAACAAGGAUCCUAAAGUGCAUGGUAUACUUAUACAAUUACCUUUACCAAAGCACAUUGAUGAAACUUUAGUUACCAACUCAGUGGUUACUGAGAAGGAUGUUGAUGGUUUCCAUAACUACAACGUUGGUCAGUUAUCCAAAAGAGGAGGUACUCCACAUUUCAAGCCAUGUACCCCCAAUGGUAUCAUUGAGUUGAUCAAAACUACGGGAAUCGAAUUGAGAGGUAAAAAUGCAGUUGUUAUUGGAAGAUCAGACAUUGUCGGUACCCCAGUGGCAACCAUGUUGAGAAAUGAGGACUGUACAGUAACAAUCUGUCACCGUCACACAAAGGAUUUGGCUGAAGUAGUUGCUCGUGCAGACAUUGUUAUUGCUGCAGUUGGUAUACCCGAAUAUGUCAAUGCUUCGUGGGUGAAAGAUGGUGCCGUUGUUAUUGAUGUGGGAAUUAACUAUAAAGACGAUCCAACAGCAAAGAAUGGUAAGAAAUUGGUGGGAGAUGUUGCCUACGAUGAGGUUGCCAAGAAAGCAGGAUAUAUAACACCCGUUCCAGGUGGAGUUGGACCAAUGACUGUGGCAAUGUUGUGCUCUAACGUGUAUGAUGCAGCAGUCUUGCAUGCACAAAAGGCGCAUGAGCAUAGAUUCACUGUUCUUCCAUUAAAAUUGGAGUCACCAGUUCCUUCGGAUAUAGACAUUUCUAGAGCUCAAAAGCCCAAGGUGAUUACAAAAAUUGCUAAAGAAUUGGGUAUCAUUGACCGCGAGUUGGAACCCUAUGGUCAUUAUAAAGCAAAGGUUGACACCAAAGCGGUCAUUGAAAGAUUAGAUGAACAAGUUGAAGGCUCCGUUGAUGAUAAAGGUCACUAUGUAUUGGUUGCUGGUAUCACUCCUACUCCAUUGGGUGAAGGUAAAUCAACUACGACCAUGGGUUUGGCGCAAGCUCUCGGUGCACAAUUGGGCUAUAAUUCAAUUGCCAAUGUUAGACAACCAUCAAUGGGUCCAACCUUUGGUGUCAAAGGUGGAGCAGCCGGUGGAGGAUAUGCUCAAGUAAUUCCAAUGGAUGAAUUCAAUAUGCACUUGACUGGUGACAUCCAUGCGAUUUCUGCUGCCCAAAACUUGCUUUGUGCUGCCGUGGAUACAAGAAUGUUCCAUGAGGCAACUUCAAAAUCUGUUGGUGGCUUUUACAAGAGACUCGUGCCAACUAAGAAGGGUCUGAGAAGUUUUACUCCAUCAAUGUUGAAAAGAUUGCAGAAGUUGGGUAUCAACAAGACCAACCCAAAUGACUUGACUCCAGAGGAGAUUGAAAAAUUCGCUAUAUUAAACAUUGAUCGCGAUUCGAUCACAAUCAAAAGAGUUGUCGACUGUAAUGACCGUUUUGUUAGAGAAAUAACAAUCGGAGAAGGUAAGAACGAGGCAAGCAAGUACCCACCUAGAAAGACAGGUAUGGACAUUACUGUUGCUAGUGAGUUGAUGGCUAUUUUGGCUCUUUCAAACUCGUUGACAGAUUUGAGGGAUAGAGUUGGAAGGAUCGUGAUUGGAACUCAAAAGAAAACCGGAGAUGCAAUCACUGCCGAGGAUAUCGGAGUUGCCGGUGCCAUCACCGCAUUAUUGAAGGAUGCUAUUAAGCCAAAUUUGAUGCAAACAAUUGAAGGAACGCCCGUAUUUGUUCAUGCAGGUCCAUUUGCCAACAUUUCUAUUGGGGCAUCGUCCGUAGUUGCAGACAAAGUUGCCUUGAAAUUAACAUCACCAUCAAACCCAAUUAAUAAUGGUGAGGCUGGUUUUGUAGUAACUGAAGCUGGUUUUGAUUUCACAAUGGGUGGAGAAAGAUUUUUCAAUAUCAAAUGUAGAAGCUCGGGAUUGAAACCAGACACAGUUGUCUUGGUUGCCACUACAAGAGCUUUGAAAUUGCAUGGAGGAGCCCCAGAUGUCAAGCCAGGUCAAUCAUUACCAGCGGAAUAUGUUAAUGAAAACUUGGAAUUCUUGGAAAAAGGAUGUGCAAAUUUGGCCAAGCAAAUUUCAAACAUUAAGCAAUACAAUGUGCCCGUUGUUGUUGCAAUUAAUCAAUUUGAAACUGACUCGGAAAGAGAGAUUGACUUGAUUCAAAAGUUGGCCGUAGAGGCGGGUGCUGAUUUUGCUGUGCAGUCAAACCACUGGGCCAAAGGUGGUUUGGGUGCCAAGAAAUUGGCAGAAGCUGUGGUUGAUGCUGUUAAACUUGCCCCAUCAGGAGAACAAAAGUUUUUGUACGACGUCAAUGAUUCAGUUGAAAACAAGUUGAAAGCUAUUGCCACCAAGAUGUAUGGUGCCAAGGAUAUUGAAUUGUCACCAUUGGCAAAACUGCAAAUUGAAGCAUACACAAAACAAGGGUUUGACAAGUUGCCAAUUUGUAUAGCCAAGACCCAGUAUUCAUUAUCACAUGACCCUGCAUUGAAGGGUGUGCCAACUGGAUUUACAGUGCCAAUCAGAGAGGUUAGAUGCUCAGCUGGUGCUGGAUACUUGUAUGCUUUGGCUGCCGAAAUUAUGACCAUUCCAGGUUUGCCUACUCAUGCCGGAUUCAUGAACGUUGAAGUGAAUGAAGAUGGUCAAAUUGAAGGAUUAUUCUAA